UCUCAGGCGCAGCAUUUGCGCACAAAUCAGCUGCACGACGUCAACACAGACCUAACAAUUGCGUACUUGGCCGUAACUUCACGUGUGAAAAAGCGGUCGGCCCCCAAAAACUGUCGGAUAAUUAAGCGGGCUCGUCGCAAAACCUAUCACAAAUCUAAACAUUUGAUAAACUAACAAGUGGGUUUUCGGCUUGAUAAGGAGUGGAGUACAACAACUAAGACCAUGGAUGAUAGAAGAGAGUUUGAGAAUACCUAUGAAGAUUAUGGAUCUUUAAUUGACAAAGAAAGAAACGACAUCGUCAACAUUUAUCUUGAAAAUAAGCUGAGCGUCGAAUUUUGCGCGAGUCUAAAGAAGAGCGCUGAAAGUCUGUUGGUUAUAUUGGACAGACACCUGCAGCACACCCACGACCAAGACAGUGAUUAUUCAGUGUACACCGGCAGCUGCGGCAUCGCCCUCUUGUACUACCACAUCUCUCAUUUGCAGGACGCCAAGAAAUUUCUAAAACUUGCAGAGGGAUUGUUGGAGCCGACGCUGCCAAGGCUGAAAGGCAAAAGACUGAGUAUGCUGACUGGAGACGCAGGCCCUUUGGCCGUCAGCGCGGCUGUGCAUUGGCACCUAGGGAAUAAGGAGAAAAGCGCCGCUCUCUGUCUGCGUUUGGUGGAGCUGCUUCCCAGAGUGCUGGAUUUGAAAUCGGAUCUGCCUGACGAGGUCUUGUAUGGAAGGGCGGGCUACCUGCUCGCCCUUCUCUUCGUCAAAAUUCACACUUCUGAGGGUGCUGUCGACAACAGGUGCGUGCAAAAGGUUGUAACUGCAAUCGUAACAUCUGGAAAAACCAUGGCUGCUGCAGACUCCCAUGGACCACCUCUCAUGUAUGAGUGGCAUGGUAAAAAGUACCUGGGUGCAGCGCAUGGAAUUGCUGGAAUUCUCUAUGUGCUAUUGCAGAGUAUGGAUUAUCUCUCUGAAGAAAAACAGAAGGAAAUUGAGCCUCUUAUUUGUAGAACUUUAGACCACAUCUUAGGAUUGUGCUUCCCCUCUGGCAACUUCCCAUCGUCAAUUGGAAACAAUUCGGACAGACUAGUGCACUGGUGUCACGGAUCACCUGCUUUUAUACCCGUCCUCUGCGCUGCAUACAAAAAAUUCAACCAUGUAAAGUAUCUUCACGCUGCUAAAACCUGUGGAGAGGUCAUUUGGAAAAGAGGCCUUUUGAAAAAGGGAUACGGAUUGUGCCACGGUGUAGCUGGAAAUGGAUAUGCCCUGCUUCAACUCUAUCAAACAACUCAGGACAUCAAGUACCUGUACCAGGGAUUGCAGUUUGCUCAUUGGUGCACAACAUACAAUAAAUAUCAGAGCAGGACUCCAGAUCGGCCAUACUCGCUUUUUGAGGGGAUUGCUGGGACCAUCCAUUUUUUGAUUGACGCCCGCUGUCCUGAUCAGGCCAAAUUUCCUGCGUUCACACUGUAAGUCAAUUAAAAUACGAAGUCUGAUUUCAUAGAUCUCAACGAGUACAGACUUCAUGUUGAAUGUUAAAUUACUGUACUAUUGAAUUAAAAUGUCUUUAUUCUUAGAAGAGUUGUCUUAGUCCUUGGCUAAAGUCAAUAAAUGUUGCGAAGAAAAUGUAUUGUGAGGAUACUGAAGGCUAUUGCCAAACCAAAAUCCACAGGUGUAUUGAAUAAAAAAUAAAAAAACCAUGCUCAGAUUUUGAGAAUCAAUUUUCAAUUUUGUAUUGACAUUUGUACAUUACAUGAUGAGAUCAUGUCAUGAAGUAAGCUUGGUGACAAUCAUUGAAAGUGGUUUGUGUCAUACAAAUCUUUGUGUUACAACUUCAUUUAAAACCUGACAAAUGAAAAUAUAUUCACUGUCAUUGAAUCAA